AUGAACGAUCUUGACCACACAAGAAAGCGCGGCAUGUUCGCUCAGUGCAGCUUCAUCAUUGUCCGUUCCUCAAGCUUAAGUUCCGAACAGGCCCAAGAGCUUGCGGGGGAACUGAGACUACACGAUGGAGAAGUCAUUUUCGAUGACUAUCCCGAGAGCAGUCUCGACCUAAACGGCGUCACGCACGUCGUGUCUACCACAUACGACUUUCCCGAUUACCAUGCCUGCUUCGAUGCCUUCAUUCCGGUGGUCAAACCCAACUGGGUCACGCACUCUUUAGCGAAGAAUAAACUGCUAAACCCCCGCCAAUACAAUCCCGACCCGCGCUACUUCAUGUCCGAUGUAGUCGCAUGCGUUGCAGAUCUUCCAGAAGGCGACGCAGACGCUAUUGCUGGCGGCAUCCUUGCCAUGGGCGGGCUCUUCUCCAUAAAGCUCACAAGUCAGGUGACACAUGUUAUCGCACUUUCCGUCGAAUCGGACAACUGUCGUCGGGUGAUAGAUGGCCAACUAAAGGCCAAGGUUGUCUUACCGCAUUGGGUGGAUGACUGCUUGAAGCUGGGAAGAAAAAUCGAUGAACAUCCGUAUUCGCUGCCAGAUCCCGACAUACUGAAAGGGCCGAUGGAUAAGGCUCCAGCUGCCAAACGCAAGACCCAGGUGGAGGGUGCAGUAAACCCAGAUCCAUCUCAAGAUGGCCAAGAACCUGUUGGGCCGCGGAAGUUGAACAAAGUUUUCAAGAAAAAGACAGUGAUGCUUUCAAAAGAUCUUCGCAUAUCCAACAAUCUCAGGGAUAUCUUGGACGGCAUUAUCACCACCGGUGGAGGUAAGCUAACCAACUCGGUAAUGGAUGCCGAUAUGUUCAUUUGCAAAUACCGCGGCGACGACGAGUAUCGGACGGCUUCGCGAGCAGGCAAGGACGUUGGUAAUCUAGCCUGGCUCUACUAUCUAAUUCAAACCGACGAGUGGACGUCUCCUUUGCGGCGCAUGUUGCACUACCCUGUCGCAAGUAAAGGCCUUCCAGGAUUUCCAGGGCUCAAAAUCAGUCUGUCAAACUAUAGUGGCGAUGCGCGAACUUAUCUCGAAAACUUGAUCUAUGCCACCGGAGCAGAAUGCACCAAGACGCUGAAACAAGACAACACCCAUCUAAUCACAGCCCAUGUUCUUAGCGAAAAAUGUGCUGCCGCAAAAGACUGGGGCAUCCACAUCAUCAACCAUCUCUGGCUCGAGGAGAGUUACGCUCAGUGGAUGAUGAAGAGCAUAACUGACAAUAGGUACACACAUUUCCCAAGGCGGACGAAUCUUGGCGAGGUUGUGGGCCAUACGCAGUUAGAUCGUACCGUUCUCGAACGACAUUUCUUCCCUGCGGUUGAAGAUGUCGAGAUGACAGACGUUCCAGAUACAAAGGCCAUGCAGCAAGUUAACAACAACUCGACCUCGCCAAGCAAAUUGGGUCAAGCACAAAAUCAUGAUAUCGAUACUCGCGAAAGAAAUGGAAGACUGCGGACACCGGCACCGACUAAGUUUAUCGCCACCGGUAAAGAGAAUAUUACACCGUCAACAACUAAUAGUCGGAAGUCGAAAGAAGUUGCUUCAGCUCGACUACAUGAGAUGACUCCAGACAUUCUUCUGUAUGAAAAGGAGCGAAAGCGAGCUGGUGGAGUCAUCUACGGAGGUCGACGCAAGACUGACGAAGGCCGAAUAGAGGUGAGUCGAAAGCGAUCUGUUGAUGAAGCAUCGGACCAUGAGACGACGGAGGAGAGUGAAACCAAGAAAGUCAAACGUGGCAAUCCUCCGCCGACUAUGCACGUGGUGAUAUCCAGUUACGACAAAUGGGUUGGCCACGCGAAGCUCGAAGACAAUGACAAAAAACGCCUUCGAAGCCUUGGGAUUGUGUGCACUCUGGACCCUAGUCGAGCGACUCAUCUUGUCGCUCCACGUAUUGUCCGUACGAUGAAAUUUGUGACGGCGCUGGCAUAUGGCCCCAUGGUUCUCUCAACUAGCUAUAUCGACGCUUGUCUAGAAGCCAAUGAAUUGCUCGAUCCGGAAAGGUUUAGGCUGAACGACAAGGAGAAUGAGAAGAAGCUAGGUGUGUCUCUAAGGCUGUCUCGUGAACGAGCCCAGAAGAACCACAAUCAAUUGCUUCAAGGCCGUACAAUAUAUUGUAUGGAAGAUAUCCGCGGAGGAUUCGAUACCUUCAAAACGAUCGUGGAUGCCAACGGUGGUGAAUGUAGGCUGUGGCGCGGCCGAAAGGGAACAGUUGUGCCCUCCAGACGAGCUGACAGCGAGGCCAGUACUGACAUCGACGCAAACGGUGAUGUGUACCUCCUGAGUAACGACAAUGAUCGGAAGGAGAAUAAAUCCUUGUGGUCAAGAUUCAAGGAGAUGGUCGAAGGCAGUCGAAGAGUACCUCGUAUAGUCACAGCGGACUGGUUAUUGGAGACAGCGAUGUCUCAAAAAUUGCUGCCCACACAGCCGUAUGAGCUCGAGACGUGA